AAUGAUACUGAGGUAGGGAAGUGGAGAAAGAGAGAGAGAUACAGAGAGGGAAGAGGGAAAAAGCAGCAACUAGUGAGGUUUGUACUGGUUGGAUUUUCUUGAUCAUUUCCCCACACCCCCUGGUAGAGUGAGCUGUCAAUCAAAUCCAGCUCAGAGACUACAGAGGAGCUUGUGGAGAGAGAGAGGAUACACACACACACACAGAGAGAACGGCUGUGACAGUAACCUGGGAAAGACAGCGACCAACAGGAUGGCCACAAUAACAUGUACUCGAUUCAGCGAUGAAUAUCAGAUGUAUGAAGAACUGGGAAAGGGUGCAUUCUCCAUCGUAAAACGGUGCGUUAAGAUCAUCUCCGGACAGGAAUAUGCGGCCAAGAUUAUCAACACCAAGAAAUUGUCUGCCAGGGAUCAUCAGAAACUGGAGAGAGAAGCUCGGAUUUGCCGAUCCCUUAAACACCCUAACAUCGUGCAGAUUCAUAGUUCCUUGAAAGUGGAAUCACAGCACUUCCUGGUGCUUGAUUUAAUCACUGGUGGUGAGCUGUUUGAAGACAUUGUGGCUCGUGAAUAUUACAGUGAGGCUGAUGCCAGUCACUGCAUCCAACAGAUCCUGGAGGCUGUUCUACAUUGUCACCAGAUGGGAAUUGUACAUCGAGAUCUCAAGCCUGAAAACCUGCUGCUCGCUUCCAAGUCUAAAGGAGCUGCUGUGAAACUUGCGGACUUCGGUUUGGCUAUAGAAGUUGAAGGGGACCAACAAGCCUGGUUUGGCUUUGCUGGAACUCCUGGUUACCUCUCGCCUGAAGUAUUAAGGAAGGAUCCCUACGCUAAGCCUGUGGAUCUGUGGGCUUGCGAUCCCAGUAUUCAGGCUGAGUACAGUGGCUCACGGAAUGGAAUAAAUACAUUUAUUUUCUUUCUACUUCCAGGCGGAAGGAGCUCAGGCAACAAGAAGACGGAUGGAGUUAAGGAAUCCUCAGAGAGCACCAACACUACUAUUGAAGAUGAAGAUACAAAAGUGCGUAAACAAGAGAUUAUCAAAGCUACAGAGCAGCUGAUUGAAGCUAUUAGCAAUGGUGAUUUUGAGGCAUACACGAAGAUGUGUGAUCCUGGGGUGACUGCGUUUGAACCUGAGGCAUUGGGAAACCUGGUGGAAGGACUCGAUUUUCAUAGAUUCUACUUUGAGAAUUUGUGGUCUAAGAACAACAAGCCAGUGCACACCACCAUCCUGAACCCGCACAUCCACCUGAUCGGGGAAGAAGCUGCCUGCAUUGCCUACAUCCGCAUCACACAGUACAUUGACAGCAGCGGCAUUCCCCGCACCGCCCAGUCCGAGGAGACACGAAUCUGGCACCGACGUGAUGGAAAAUGGCAAAUUGUCCACUUCCACCGAUCGGGAUCUCCGUCUGCUCUGGCCAACUGAAACUCCUUCUGUCCAGUCUCCUGCUGCUAUCCCUGACUGACUUGCACGCAAGGACGAUAUCUCCUGUGUAACCUCACCGCUGAACUCAUGUCUCCCCCCCCCACCGGAGAGAGAGAGGUGGAAUGCUUGGCGGGAUUACUGCUGGAUUGAGUAAUCGGUUCCUCCACUCACAACCCCAUGUUUGCAGGGAGAGUGAUGAAUUUCAUAACCGAUCAUCCUUUUUUGUAUCCUAAGAGGCAAUAUCUGUCGUUCUGGCAUGUUUACAGCGAUAUUUAUGAUUCCAAUCAAUUUACAGUGUAGUUGUAUUUUAAAAUUGUGAUAGUUAAGUGAUGACUUUAUAACUUGGCUGCGAUGCAUGUUUUUUACUGUAUUGCCGGGCGCAAAAAAAAAAUUCAAAUUACGGGCGUUUGCAAUCUCAACAUGAACUUGGGGAGGGAGGAAAGAGUGAUCAAAAUUGUUGAUGAUCCUGUCAUUGGGAUUAUUCAUUGGACAGCACGAGGAAUAGUGGGAUUGUAGGAAGUGCUAGUCUAGUUAAGACUGGGCUUGGCAAGGGAUAUUCCCCCUGUGGGCUUAACAGAGACUGUAAGCAAUGUCUCUGAGGUGGAACUUUCAUGUGAUUAAUGUGCCCCUCCUUAACCACGGCUGCACUUUGAACUGGCUGAAAGCACUUUGUGGUAUGUUUGGGAGAUUGAAUAUCUUGUACUUUGGUGAGAUUAAUAAGCAGGGAAAACCUUCCUCAUUUCAAAUCAAAAAACCAAUGGUCAAUAAAUGACCGUUUUGCUUUAAGAGGGCUCGUUAAUGCAUUGCCCGAUUUGGCCCGUUGCAGUUUGAAAGCAAUGAUUUUGAACACAGUUUGUACAUUUUUACACGGCAAUCCAUCCAAAUGAGCUUCCUCGGAUCUUCUGUGACUCUGGCUUUACUGAGACUUGUGAUCGUUGGGAAUAAAUAGCUUAAUUCUCUUGUCCUCACAAGCUGGGAGGGAUGUUUGGCUUUAUAGGGGUUCCCAAUGGAAAAUUUAGGCACAGGAGUCUUACAUUCUACUGGACAAUGCCCAUUGGCAUGAUCUGAUACCAAACCAGCACUGGCAUGAUCGAGAAUAAAGCAGUCAAACUCAUUGAAUUUCAGCUCAAUUCUUCAAUAAUGACUGAAUCCCAUCUGAGACCUCAUAGACUGCACUCACCUACAUCAGCCCUUUCUAAUCUUUGAAGAGAAUGCUGGGUCUCCUGCUAGAUCUGUGAAUUUCCACUUUCUAUUCCCCUCCUUCUUCCUCACACCCACACAUGUUCGCACCCCCACCCCUUCCCACCUCCUAUAUCUUACACCCCCCCCCCCACUCCCCCCGAUAACAAACAAAAGUCCCAAAGCUUCUCCUAUCCCUGAGGCAGCUUACAUGGUUCCUCUCAGUCAAUCGUUACCAAUUUGGCACAGAAGGAGACCAUUUGGUCCAUUGUGUCUUGACACGGUAAAACUCUUGUUCCCCAUCAACUAAUUCCCUGAUUUCCUCUGAAACGUUCCUGAUGAAUUUUCUUCUAUAUCCGCCCUCACUUCUGCUACAACUUUCCAGAUUAUAAUAACUCGCUGUGUCAAAAGACAAUUUCUGUCCAUCUCCCCUCUCAGAUUCUCAUGUUGAUUAUCUUAAAUCUGUGUCCUCUGGGUCUAACCUGUGACAUCUAAGGCAAGUUAGAUCCACGAUGUGGUUGUAAUUAAGAUCUGUUUGAAACCUUGGUGUGGACCCUGACAUUCCCCAUCUCCCUGUCUAAUGGAUUAAGGGAAUCUGAUGUCACCCACAGCUAUUCUGUAUUAUACAGACUGAAUUGGAAUACGUUGUUGGCUAAUGUCAGUCCCUCUCCCCAUUCGUCAAAAGCAUCAGGUGACAUUUGCUGGUCCCUCCAGCAAUGACAAUCUUCCCAUGUCUCUGACUUCCAUAGGAAAGGCAACCAGACACGGACUGAAAAAGAACAUGUUUGUGGGAGAGCAAGGAGGGAGAAGCGAAAUUAAGUUAAUAACAGUCAGCUCUUCCAACAAAUCAGCACAGGUGUGAGCAGUUGAAGGAUCACCUUCUGACCAAGUAAAACCUAUAGUGAUCACUCCUUUGGUCUCUAGCAACCAUUCCACUCUUAUGGCCAUUGGAAACCACUUUGUUGGCCAUUAGCAACCUACCCCAUUUCUUAUGGUUCUUGAUCUUUUGCAGUCCAUUGACCAUCACCAACCGGUUUCUUCUUGUGACCCUCUGCAAGCUAUUUCUGUUCAUAUGGCCCUUGGCAACACUCUAUUGGCCCUCAGGAAAUAAUCCUUUCUUAUGGUUCUUUCGCAUUCUGGCAAUUGGCACUUUGCAAUUUGUCCAUUUUCAUAUGGACCUUGACAAUCCAUCCUUAACUCCUUUGACACCAAGAAAUUAGUCCAUUGACCCUUAGUAACCAAUCCCUUCUCAUUGCCUUUAGAAAUCAUUCCCUUCUUAUGAAUCCUCAACAACCACUCCAUUAGCCCUUAGCAACUAGAAACUUCUUACAGUUCUUAGGAACUUGUCAGUUGGCCCUUAGAAACCUGUCCCUUUUCAGUUGGUUCUUAGCAAUGUAUUCAUAUUCAGACCAUUAGCAACCUGUCCAUUGGCCCUUAGCAACCAGUCCUAUGGCCCUUAGUUAGCAAUCAGUCCCUCAGCCCCUAGUAACCUGUCCAUUGUCCCUUAGCAACCAAUCCCUUGGUCCUAUCCAUUGGUGCUUAGCAACUAGCCCCUUUUCAUAUGAUUCUUAGCAACUCAUCCCUUUGCUUGAAUUUUUGCAACUAGUCCAUUGGCUCUUAGGAACUAGUCAUUCUUCAUGGUAUUUUGCAAUCUGUCUCUUGGCCAUUAGGGACCAGUCCCUUCUCAUGGUCCUUAGGAACAUGUCCAUUAAUCCUUAGCAACUAGACUCUUAGCUCUUAGUUACCUGUGUCUUUCAAGGCCCUUAGCAAUAACCCUUUGGUCCAUUGACCUACAACAUUAUUCCAUUCCCAUGACCUUUGACAAUCAGGCCUUUGUCCCUUAAUAACUAGAUCUUUAGAUACUUGUCCCUUUUCAUGAUUCUUAGAACCAGUCCUUUGAUCCACAAGAUAACCAACACUGAAGAUGGAGAGAAACCAGUCGCAAGUUAUUUUGAAGAAUUGACAAUUUUGUUUUCAAUCUUGUUAGGAACAGUGUACCCUCUUUGAGUUUCAGUAACCCAUAAAAUACUACACAGGUCACAUACAAGUCAUCUGCUUGGGCUUGACCACACAAAGAAAUAUUAGGAAACCAUGGACUUAACAGAAUAGACCACACACAAGGCAAUGAGAGAACAUUGCUGUGAGGCUAUUCAACUCUUAAACCAGUUACAUUGGGAUAGGAGGAGGCCAUUCAGCCCCUCAAGCCUGUUACAUAGGAACAGGAGGAGGCCAUUCAGCUCCUCAAGCCUGUUACAUAGGAACAGGAGGAGGCCAUUCAACCCCUUGAGCCUGUUACACAAUUUAAUCAUGAAGCUAUGCUUGGGUGAGGGUGGGGAUGGAAAUGGGUUGUUUGCUGUUUUUGUAUCACAUAUUAAGAGAAAGAUUCAUCUCAUCACUUCUGCUUGCUUAUUUGGGAAAGUGAAUCAAUUGGACAAUCAUGCACCAUUUCUAGUGUUGGUUUCUUUGCUAGCCUGAGCCUUUGCACUGGAUUCUGGGCCUCACCAGAGAUCUGCUUUCGUACCUCUGUAUUGUAUUGCCAAUUAAAUCAAUGCCUUUCUGUAAAUUUUCGUAAGUGACUUUACUGUAAAUUGUUGUGACACUGAAGAAAUUAAUGAAUUGAGUCAAGCUUCUGUCUUUGGAAUAUGGUCCAACUCAUAGGUAAGGUUGCUGGUGACUGACUUGUGAAUAUUUUAAUUGGUGUUUCGCAAAUAAAGAGAUUUUAUCAGUUUGUCUUGAA